AUGUCGACUUCUGAGAACUUCCAUACAAAACUCUUUAUAAACAAUGAAUACGUCCCAGCCAAAUCCGGAAGCCUCUUCGCCGUUCGCAAUCCCUACGAUGAAUCCCUUGUGUCCGACUCGAUCCACAGCGCCGGACAAGAAGACGUGAAUGACGCCGUAGCAGCUGCGCUAGAUGCAUACAAAGGCUCCUGGGGGUCCAUGCCCGGCCAGGAAAGGGCCAAACGAAUGCUGGCGCUGGCCGACUUGCUCGAUGCUCACAGCGCCGAGCUGGCAGUUCUCGAGAGUCGCGCGAUCGGACUGCCCAUCAUGAUGGCGCGGGGCAUAGCAGGAUUUGUGGGAUCGAUAUGGCGCUAUUAUGCAGGAUAUUGUGACAAAUUGCCGGGGGAGUUUGUGCCCGAGGGGGACGAUCGGGUCUACAAAAUUGUCCGACACGAUCCGUUUGGCGUCUGCGCAGGGAUCGGCGCCUGGAAUGCGAGUCUCUUCUUUUUCAGCAUGAAGAUUGCGCCCGCGGUCGCGGCGGGGAAUACGUUCAUCUUCAAGUCGUCGGAGAAGUCGCCACUGGGCGCACUGCAGAUCGGAGACCUGAUCGUCAAGGCGGGAUUCCCGCCGGGUGUGAUCAACAUAUUGAACGGAGACGGAACAACGGGCGCGCUUCUAGCAUCCCAUAUGGAUAUUAACCGGCUCAGCUUCACGGGGUCGGUCGGGACCGGAAAGAAGAUUCAAGUCUCUGCCGCGCAGAGCAACUUGAAGAGAGUCACGCUGGAGUUGGGUGGCAAAUCCCCAUCGAUAAUCUUCGGCGACGCAGAUCUGGACAACGCCUUGUUGCACUCUUCGCAGAGUUUCCUCGUACAUUCUGGUCAAAUCUGCGUGGCCGCGUCGCGAGUUUUGGUUCACAAGUCUAUUGUCGACCGGUUUGUAACAGAGUUGAAAGCGAGAUUUGAGGCGCUGGCCGGGGCAUCAGGGGACCCGAGUCAAGAUACCACCUUCCUCGGUCCGGUCGUCGAUGCAGGUCAAAAGAAUAAGAUUGUCACAAUCGUGAAGGCGGCGCAGAGCACGAACUCAAACACCGUUCUAACCGGGGGCGAAGCCAACAAGAACUUCGUGACGCCAACAAUUCUGCUCGACCCGCCCGUUGACUCGGCGGCCUGGAAGGAAGAAGUAUUCGGCCCUGUUCUCUGUGUGCGAUCGUUUGAGACCGAAGACGAGGCAAUCAGCCUCGCAAACGCGACAACAUAUGGACUUUCGUCGUGCGUGUUCACCCAGGAUAUCCCCCGGGCACUCCGGCUUGCAAAGCGCCUUGAGGCCGGCGCGGUUGCGAUCAACUCCAAUCACCAGCCGGAUUAUGAUCUGCCAUUGGGAGGAUGGAAGCAGAGUGGAAAUGGCAGUUAUGAGGGUGGUCGAGCGGCGGUGCUGAGCUAUUUGCAGGCCAAAGCGGUUCUGAUCAACUUCCCGCCGGCCAAGCUAUGAGGUAUUGCGUUUUGUAGAUGAUUUACUCUCACUUUGAGAAUUAUGACCCAGCAGUAAUUCCACAAUAUGAGAUUCACGGGAAGAUAUUAUACCUCGUGGGCUUGGCCCAUGGUGGCGUUGUUCAUUCGUCAACCGUUUUUUGCUUUAUGUCGCUAUAAGACUCGAGAUCCCUUCCGGUUGAAGCAAGAGAUCAAACGGUUCAACAAAUUUCUCCGAGCUUUGAGGAUUUGAGCCGUUGAACUGCCCAGAUGCCUUUCGUCGUCGAUAAAUUGUGGUUAAAAGGUGGAUAGUCCGCUUGAUGUCUCCCCAAUGUGAGCACUCCCACAUUCUUUGGAGCCGGCCGAGUAGAAACACCAUUUCUGUCUCUCUUUGCACGGUACAUGCAAGCAUCGUAAACGGCCAUGAGUAGUGCUGAUUCCAGAAGACUCCAUAAACAUCCGAUUUCAAAUUGCUCAGAAUCUGCCUGGCA